CUGGAUCUUGACGAACUCAGAGAAAACGCAAAAACGGACGAGCUAAAGCGCGAUAUGGAUUUCAUUCUAGCUAUUCGGAACGCCAGAGUCGACGACCGCUUUGGCCUGAAAGGCGAACCGCUGAAUCGUAUCCGAAAUCCUCCUCGAGAGCGUACGCCAGUCGACGAUCCUGCUGUACGACUGGCAAUCCAUCUAUAUGACAUUCUUUGUAAAUCUUCGGACCAGGCGUAUCACGACGUUCGAGGGGCCAUUCAGACGUGCUUUCCUGACAUCAAAAUCUUGUCCCUACAUAACGUCAAGCAGCUCAUUCGCGAUCUGACUGGCCUCGACGAAGUCAAGGUCGACAUGUGCACUGACGCCUGUGUCGCGUUCGAUGGACCUUAUGCCGACCUAGAACAUUGUCCUCACUGUGGGAUAUCUCGAUACGAUCCGAAAAAACUGGCAAGAUCGAACGGCAAGAACAAAAUACCUCGAAAAGUCACGAUAACAUAUCUAGUUGGCCCCAUGAUACAGGCUCGCUGGCGACAUCGCGAUAGUGCUUGGGCUAUGGAAUAUCGCAAUCGUCGCACUCAGGCACUUUCUAACGAGCUCGUUCGAAACCAUGGCUUGCCAGAUCGAUACGAGGACUUUAUAACCGGUACUUCUUAUGUCAAUGCUGUUCGAAAGGGACUCAUUCGCCCAGAAGAUACGACCCUCAUUGGGUCCACGGACGGUGCUCAGCUCUACGCGCAGAAGGACUCAGAUGUCUGGGUCUUGAUAUGGAUUUUUACUGAUAUAUCGCCCGACACUCGUUACAAGAAGAAAAGCAUUAUGAUAGGAGUGGUUAUUCCAGGACCUAAUCACCCGAAGUACCUUCCUUCAUUUUUAUUUCGAAGCUUCCAUCAUAUUUCAGCGCUCCAAAAAGAAGGUCUACGCAUCUGGGACGGCUAUGCCAAUCGAGAGUUUCUUUCUAGGGUUUUUCUAGCUCUCUUGGGCGCUGAUGGACCGGGUCUACUCGCCUUUAGUAAUCUAGUUGGGCACAAUGGACUGGUAGGGUGCCGUAUGCACUGUCCUCUCGAGGGUCGCCGCUUUCCUGGGUCGUCAACAUAUUACCCUGUUCUUAUUUCUCCUGAGGGCUACACUCUGGAUUCUCUAGGCGACAUUAGUCCGUAUGAUCUAUCUAGUGGCUCCUCUGAGCGUUAUAUCGAACAGCUGAAGCGCCUCAUGAAAGCUAGAAACAAAACCCACCACGCUACACUUCGCAAGCAGACUGGUAUAGUGGGCCCAAGCAUGGUACUAGGCCUGCAACCGGGCGCUUUCUUCGGUAUCCCCGAGUGCUUU